GUGUUAUCAUAUCAAGUAGAAUUUGUUAUCUCAUUUUAAUAUCAAUUGAUGGACCAUGGUCUUUGAUUGAGUUUGGUAUCGAAUUUCUUCUUCUUUUUGUCUGCUACCGUACUCUUCCCACCUUCCCCAAGCUUAUAUAUCCAUCGUUAGCUUCCCUCUUCCCAACAUGGCAUAGGAUCAAGGAAAACCAAACAUGUCAAACUUUGUUCAAGAAUUUGACGAUGACGAAGAAGAUGAUCAACAGUUCCAGAGCACUUUAGUUACCCAGUCAUCCAAUGGGAGUCCUAAUCCUACUGAAAAUGGUUGUGACGGUUCUACUCCUGCCACUACAACAUCAAAGAAGAAACGGAAUCUCCCUGGGAAUCCAGACCCAGAUGCUGAGGUUGUGGCCUUAUCACCAAGGACUCUAAUGGCGACAAAUAGGUACAUAUGCGAGGUGUGUCAUAAAGGAUUCCAGAGAGAUCAGAACCUUCAACUCCACAGGAGAGGCCAUAACUUGCCAUGGAAGCUCAAGCAGAGGCCUACCACACAAGUGAAGAAGCGGGUCUACAUAUGCCCCGAGCCAAACUGUGUGCACCAUGACCCCAGCAGGGCUCUAGGUGACUUGACUGGCAUCAAGAAGCACUUCUGCAGAAAGCACGGCGAGAAGAAAUGGAAGUGUGACAAGUGCUCAAAGCGUUAUGCUGUGCAGUCUGACUGGAAGGCCCACACUAAGAUCUGCGGGACACGUGAAUACCGAUGUGACUGUGGCACCAUUUUCUCAAGGAAAGACAGUUUUGUGACACACAGAGCCUUCUGUGAUGCAUUGACAGAGGAGAAUUACAAAAUGAAUCAGAACCUUGCUGCUGCCACGGGAGGAAUGUUACAGAACCAAGCUCAAGAGCUCUUCUCUUCUUCUUUAAUGCCUGCCUCGGACUCCUGCACAAACACAAACACCAACACCAACACCAACACCAACACCAACUCCCACAACAGGAUGAUGAAUUUGUCAGUUUCGCAUCAUGAGAUGAUUGAUAAUCCGUUAAUAUCCCUCAACUCCCAUGGGGCCAUGAUAUCUAACAAUUUGGAUAUGCUCAACCCAAGAAUGACAACACGAGCAUGUUUCAGCUCCAUAGACAACUCUUCUUCGCAAAUGCCAAUGAUUGGGUCUGUUUAUACAUCGGCAACUGCCUUGUUACAGAAAGCAGCAGAAAUGGGUGCAAAAAUAAGUGACAAUUCAAUCACCCCAAUCCUGCUUAGAGGAUUUACAGGCUACUCUACUAGUACUAACACAUCAGGAGGAAUAGGAUCAGCGCAGGUUCAGGAGGCUUCAUCCUCCAUAGCUGCCAAUGGUUUAUAUGUAGCGGCAAAUUCAGAGACAUUAUUUGACAAGAAUAUGGACGCGGGAGGAGAUGCAAGACCGGAUGGUUACAUUAAUGUCGAUGUUUCUCAUCAAACAACUACAGCUGGUUUGUAUGACUCUUCUUCAUCUUCCCAUUUCAUGCAGUCAGGAAAUGGAAAUGGAAAUGUCGGUAACCUCUUGGAAAGGCAAGUAUUCCUGCAAGGAGGAGGUCAUGAAAAAAUGACACUUGAUUUCUUAGGAGUAGAGCCAGCUGGUGCUACUGCUGCCGCUCAUUCAAUUAGUUUUGGGAAGAAAAGAAGCUAUGAGGGUAACAUGGUGGGGUUAGGAGGAUAUUCAAAUGCACAGCAGAGCCCACAUAACCUCCAUUCUGACUGGUUGUACAAGGUCGGAGCAUAAAAUGGGCAAAAAUACAGAAUUUGGAGAGAAAAGAGCUUCCCGCAUGUGCGGAGGGUUUUCUCGCACGUGCGUUGACUUUUUCCGCACAUGCGGCCCUCGAAAAACGGGCCUAAUAUUUUAAACCUGUUUGAAAGACAGCAGAGGUAUAAAAAGGCAAGAAAGAGGCUGGAUUAGGGUUCUGAUAUUUUUUCAAGGAGAGAGAGGCUAGGGUUUGGAAGAAAGGAUUUUCAAACUUUCAAUCCAACUUCCAUUGGGUCUUUCAUCUCUUCCACUUCUUCCCACUCCUCAUGAGUGGCUAGGCUCUUCCUUUCUAGGAUUUUGAUGAAACCCUAACUAUGUAAUUCGGUUUUCUCUUUGCAUUUUGAUUAUGUAAAAGUUUGAACAAAUUGUAUGGUGUUUAUGCAGUUGCAAAUAUUUAUUUUUCAUUA